AUGCCUGAACUUCAAUCCGAAAAUGUCCUGAAACCAGACAGAUUCCACAUUUGUAUUGGUGAACGAAGCAAGGUCGUAAUCAAAAAUGCUGGCAAUACGCAUUAUCAGGUGCGGUCAAGACAAAGUAGGAUUAACGGGGAACGAUUGUCUGAGAAUUCCAUUGGCUCUUAUUCCAGAUGUAACACUGCACUUCAGAUUGUGCGGCAUCCAUUUCGAUUUCUUCAUCAACUGCAGCAUGACAUUCAAGAGAUUCAAGGAACGCUUCGACUUCUCCGUCCGGUAGAAGCUUUAAGAUCCGAUACACACUUAUCGGGGCGAAGAGAUAACGGCCAUGGAGCGAAUGGCACGAGAUUGGUGCCUGGCGGCAGGUCGACUGAGCGCACGGUAAGGAACUUGGCCGAAGCUGAUGGCGCUCAUGAACAUGAUCGGAUUGAUCAGGAAAGCGAUGUCGAAAUUACACCGCCGUCACGACGUGACUCUCAACCCAGCUUUCUAAGGAUGAGAGUACAAAAUUCUCCAGCUCCAAGUGGUGGCCUGCACAAUGGCGGAGCGCUUGAUCUAAAUUUCACUGGCGGCGAAGAUGAGGUAUUAUCUCUAGAGCGUCUAGCUGCCGACGUACCUGUGAACGAGCCUCUGGUUACAGAAUAUUCAGAAAGUCGGCUAUCCACUCAGCCAAGAGAAGCACGAAUCCCAGUGGCUGGACCUCCCCCGAGUAGACUUCCCACAGAUCGAGACAGGGCGACCCCUCAUGAAAGGAGGGCGCGGCAGGAUAAGAGACGGCACAGAUCGCAUAGUGAUUCUCUACAGUCCGAGGUGCGGCCUUCUACAGACGAUCGUAUUGCAAGCGGAAAUCCGGAAUCAUCGAGCUCCCGUCGUCGCUCGUAUACGUCUCCUCGACAUGAAAUUGAGCUACAUCGCAGCUCUCAGCGUUCUGGGUCUACAAGUAAUCAUCGAAGCCCUUCUCGUCAACCUCCAGUAGUCUCGCCUCGACUACGGGGCUUCGUGUUACCGGAUGGCCCUGGUGCGAUAGCACGCGAGGCUCGUCGCAUAGAACUAACUUCGCCACUAACCCAGGAAGCAAUGCAAGAACAACAGAAACGGGCGCGAAGGAAGGGACGAACACAACCUAGUCAACAGUAA